UCGACUGAACCGUACCUGGAAAGUUCUCUGCUUUCAGUUUACUCCUGCAUGAGCCUCAGCCAUGGAGAUCUCGCCAACCCCAACAACCGUCUACCUAGCUUACUCAACGUCUGCAAAAAAGCUCCUUCCUUUACAAGAACCAAAGCUCUUCACGCGCUCUCCAUCACGUUAUGCAACACCCUUCAGCAGCCCAUUUACAUCUGCAACAACGUCAUCUCCCUUUACGCGAAGCUCGGCGAGGUUUCGUGUGCAGCCAAGGUGUUCGAUAGAAUGCCUGAGAGAAACACAGCGUCCUUCAACACGAUCAUUAGUGGGUUUAGCAAAUCUGGGUUUGCUGAGAAAGCCUGGCGUGUGUUCUCGGAUAUGAGGGAGUUUGGUUUUUUGCCGAAUCAGUUAACAGUGUGUGGUUUAUUGUCAUGUCCAUCGUUGGAUGUUCGUGCUGGAACUCAGUUGCACGGUUUGAGCUUGAAGUAUGGUUUGUUUAUGGCUGAUGCGUUCGUCGGUACUGAAAUUUUGUGUUUGUAUGGGAGGUUUGAGUUAUUGGAAAUGGCGGAACGGGUGUUUGAAGAUAUGCCGUUGAAAAGCUUGGUGACAUGGAACCAUAUGAUGUCUUUGUUGGGGCGUCGUGGUUUUCUCAAAGAAUGCAUGUUUCUCUUCCGUGAGCUUGUUGGGACAGGGGAGUGUUUAUCUGAAAGCUCUUUCUUGGGUGUGUUGUCUGGUGUGUCUUGUGAAAGUGACUUGGAAAGUAGCAUACAGUUGCAUUGCUCAGCGAUGAAAAGAGGGUUGGAUUGUGAUACUUCCAUCGUUAACUCUCUUAUCAGUGCAUAUGGAAAAUGUGGCAACACCCAUAUGGCGAAGAGUAUGUUUCAGGAGGCAGUUUCAUGGGAUAUAGUGUCAUGGAACGCCAUAAUUGGUGCAACAGCCAAAGGUGAGAACCCGUUAGAAGCACUUAAACUCUUUGUAAGUAUGUCAGGGCAUGAGUUUUCCCCGAACCAAGGUACAUACGUUAGUGUUCUUAGUGCCUCUUCUCAUACGCAGACGUUGAGUUUCGGACGCCAGAUUCAUUGCACACUGGUCAAGAAUGGCUGCGAGACUGACAUAUACUUGGGGAAUGCAUUGAUAGAUUUAUAUGCUAAAUGUGGUAGUCUUGAAGAUUCACGCCUAUGCUUCGAUUCUAUUCGUGUUAAGAACAUUGUUUGUUGGAAUACAUUGCUUUGGGGUUAUGCCAAUAAAGAUGAUCCAGUUUGUCUCUCAUUGUUUUUUCAAAUGCUUCAAAUGGGUUUCAGGCCAACUGAAUAUACUCUCUCGACAGCCCUCAAAUCUUGUCGUGUCAUAGAGUUACAACAGCUGCACUCUGUUAUUGUGAGAAUGGGCUAUGAAGACAAUGACUAUGUGUUAAGCUCUCUUAUGAGAUCCUACGCCAAGAAUCAGCUGAUGAACGAUGCUCUUCUUCUCCUGGAUUGGUCGUGCGAGCCUUCUUCUGUAGUCUCGUUGAACAUUGUCGCUGGAAUAUAUAGCAGAACAGGCCAGUACCAUGAAUCGGUGAAGUUGAUUUUGACACUAGAACAACCCGACACUGUAUCUUGGAACAUUGCAGUUGCGGCUUGCUCUCGUUCUGAUAACCACGGAGAGGUUACAGAAAUUUUCAAACACAUGCUUCAAGCAAACAUCCGCCCUGAUAAUUUCACAUACGUUAGUAUCUUAAGCAUGUGCUCGAAGUUCUGCGACUUGGCUCUUGGAAGUUCUAUCCAUGGCCUCAUCACAAAAACGGAUUUUAACCGUGCCGACACAUUUGUUUGCAACGUAUUGAUUGACAUGUAUGGGAAAUGCGGAAACGUUACGAGUGCAGUCAAAGUCUUUGAAGAAACAAGAGAAAAGAACAUCAUUACAUGGACGGCAUUGAUCUCGUCUCUUGGCAUUCAUGGAUAUGGCCGUGAGGCAUUUGAAAAGUUUAAGGAAAUGGUAUCUGCGGGGUUCAAGCCAGACCGUGUCUCUUUCAUCUCUAUGUUAACGGCUUACAGACAUAGUGGUAUGGUAAAAGAAGGAAUGGAGUUGUUUUGGAAAAUGGACGAUUAUGGAGUUGAGCCAGAUAUGGAUCAUUAUCGUUGUGCAGUUGAUCUUUUGGCCAGAAACGGUUACCUGAAAGAGGCUGAGGAAAUGAUUUCUAGAAUGCCUUUCCCUGCAGAUGCUACUGUAUGGCGUACUUUUCUUGAUGGUUGUAAUAGAUUUGCAGAAGAACAGAGAAGCACACUCAAGUUCGUCUCUGAAGAGUAG